AGAGCGGGUGAGAGGGGGAGGGGGAGAGAAGCGGUAAUGGUAUGACACACUCCUAAUCUAUAACCGGAGACGCAGACGGGACAGGACUGGACCAAGAGUGUUCGGUGCAGCUCCCGGAGCGUCUGUCUCUGCGCAAGAUGCUCAGCAGAACCGGGGAAAACCUAUCGACCGAUUAAAUACGUCAGUCCCUGUUAGGUUAAGGAAGAGAGUCAGAAUGACUAUCCCCAAAGAUAUUCCUGAAAAGUGGUUCCCCAUCGUUCUUCCACUGCAACAGAAGAAACAACAAGGACUAGCUGCUAAAACCAAGAAGACGUGGACAGAGGAGGAGAGGAGGGUCCGGGCCAAUGACAGAGAAUACAACGAGAAGUUUCAGUAUGCGAGUAACUGUAUUGUGACGUCUAAGUACAACGUCAUCACCUUUCUACCCGUCAACCUGUUUGAACAGUUCCAGGAAGUGGCCAACACCUACUUCCUCUUUCUGCUCAUACUGCAGUUGAUUCCUCAGAUCUCGUCUCUCUCCUGGUUCACCACCAUAGUGCCUUUAGUCCUGGUGCUCAGCAUCACUGCAGUAAAGGAUGCCACCGACGACUACUUCCGUCACAAGAGUGACAACCAGGUGAACAACCGGCAGUCUCAGGUCGUCAUCCACGGCUCUCUUCAGAAGGAGAAGUGGAUGAAUGUAAGAGUGGGUGAUAUCAUUAAACUGGAGAAUAACCAGUUUGUGGCAGCUGACCUUCUCUUACUGUCCAGUAGUGAACCUCAUAGCCUCUGUUACAUCGAGACAGCAGAGCUAGAUGGGGAGACCAAUAUGAAGGUGCGUCAGUCUCUGUCUGUGACUGCAGAGCUGGGAGACCCCAACAGCCUGGCCUCUUUUGAUGGUGAGGUGGUCUGUGAGCCUCCCAACAACAAGCUGGACAGGUUCUGUGGUCUUCUGUGCUGGAGAGAUUGUAAAUAUCCCCUGAGCAACCACAACAUGUUACUACGAGGCUGUGUUCUCCGCAACACAGAGACCUGCUACGGACUGGUCAUCUUUGCAGGCCCAGACACCAAGCUGAUGCAGAAUAGUGGUCGCACCAAGUUCAAACGCACAAGCAUCGACCGCCUCAUGAACACACUGGUGCUCUGGAUCUUUGGCUUCAUGGUGUGUAUGGGUGUGAUCCUGGCUGUGGGGAACGCUGUGUGGGAGAGAGAGGUGGGUUCUCUGUUCCAGAGUUACCUGGCCUGGGACCUGCCUGUAGACAACUUCCUGUUCUCUGCUUUCCUCUCCUUCUGGUCCUACGUCAUCAUUCUCAACACUGUGGUGCCCAUCUCACUCUACGUCAGUGUGGAGGUGAUUAGGCUGGGUCAUAGUUACUUUAUAAACUGGGACAGGAAGAUGUUCUGUCCACAGUGUAACACAGCAGCUGAAGCCAGGACCACCACUCUCAACGAGGAACUGGGACAGGUGGAGUACAUCUUCAGUGACAAGACAGGAACUCUCACUCAGAACAUCAUGAGCUUCAGCAAGUGCUCUAUCAAUGGACAUGCCUAUGGUGAGGUGAUCGACCCGUUGGGAGCACAGCCAAAGAGGCUAGACUUCACCUCCUUCAACCCCCUGGCGGACCCUGACUUCUGUUACUAUGACAACGGUCUGCUGAAGUCGGUGAAGCUGGGAGAUCUUCACAGCCACGAGUUCUUCCGGCUGCUUUCCCUCUGUCACACCGUCAUGAGUGAGGAGAAGAAGGAGGGAGAGUUGAUGUAUAAGGCCCAGUCUCCAGAUGAGGGUGCGUUGGUGACAGCAGCCAGGAACUUUGGUUUUGUGUUCCGGUCUAGAACCCCUGGUACUGUCACUGUGACAGAGCUGGGCCGACCCGUCACAUACACACUGCUGGCCAUCCUCGACUUCAACAACAUCCGCAAGAGGAUGUCCGUUAUAGUGCGUAACCCAGAGGGGAGGAUCCGUCUAUACUGUAAAGGAGCUGAUACUCUGUUGUUUGAGAGGCUCCACUCCUCCAACAAUCACCUGGUGAACAUCACAACAGAUCACCUUAAUGAGUAUGCUGGGGACGGUCUGCGGACCCUGGCCCUGGCCUACAGAGACCUGUCAGAGGAGCAGUGGGAGGAGUGGUCAGAGAGACACCGCCAAGCAGACAGAGCUACAGACUGUAGAGAGGACAGACUGGCUGACAUAUAUGAACACAUAGAACAGGACAUGAUGCUCCUGGGAGCCACAGCCAUAGAGGAUAAGCUACAGGAGGGAGUUCCUGAGACCAUCGCUAUUCUCUCCCUUGCUAACAUCAAGAUCUGGGUCCUCACGGGAGACAAACAGGAGACAGCAGUUAAUAUAGGUUACUCCUGUAAGAUGCUGACUGGUGAUAUGACUGAGGUGUUCAUCAUCAGUGGAAACACAGUGCUGAGUGUUAGAGAGGAACUCAGGAGAGCGAGGGAGAGGAUGAUAGAGUUUGCCCGUACGAGAGAGGAAGGAAAGGAGGAGGUGAUGGAGGGAUGGGGCGAGGCCUGUUCUCUGGGGAAUGGGUUUGGGGGAGACGGGGGAGGAGAUGGGAGACAGUGGCCCUCCGUGGGGGACAAACAGCAGCAGUGUCCCCCUCCCCCUGGCCCUCCCGCCCCUCGACCCCCCUCCUCAACCACGCUAGACUCCAUAUCUGGAGAGUUCGCCCUCGUCAUCAACGGACAUAGCCUGGCCCAUGCGUUGGAGGCUGAUAUGGAGGGGGAGUUUGUGUCUACAGCGUGUGUCUGUAGAGCAGUGAUCUGCUGCAGGGUGACUCCUCUACAGAAAGCCCUGGUGGUGGAGCUCAUCAAGAAACACAAGAAAGCUGUCACCCUGGCCAUAGGAGACGGGGCUAAUGAUGUUAGCAUGAUCAAGACGGCUCAUAUAGGAGUGGGCAUCAGUGGUCAGGAGGGCAUCCAGGCAGUGCUGGCGUCUGACUACUCCUUCUCCCAGUUCCGCUUCCUCCAGCGCCUGCUGCUGGUCCACGGACGCUGGUCCUACCUCCGCAUGUGUCGCUUCCUCUGCUACUUCUUCUACAAGAACUUUGCCUUCACCAUGGUGCACUUCUGGUUUGGCUUCUUCUGUGGCUUCUCUGCCCAGACAGUAUAUGAUCAGUACUUCAUCACUCUCUAUAACAUCGUCUACACCUCUCUCCCCGUGCUGGCCAUGGGAAUAUUUGACCAGGACGUCCCAGAGCAGCGUAGUCUGGAGUAUCCUAAGCUGUAUGAGCCAGGUCAGCUUAACCUGCUGUUCAACAAGAGAGAGUUCUUCAUCUGUAUAACCCAGGGUAUCUACACUAGUGUUGUGUUGUUCUUCGUACCCUAUGCCAUCCUGUCCCACGGAACCCAGGGCACCGGGGAACCCCUCGCUGACUACCAGACCUUUGCUGUUACCACGGCCACCGCCCUGGUGAUCGUGGUCAGUGUGCAGAUUGCUCUGGACACAGGCUACUGGACAGCCAUCAACCAUUUCUUUGUGUGGGGCUCUGUGGGCUCCUUCUUCACCAUCAUGUUGGCUAUGCACAGCCAGACUCUAUUCAGCAUCUUUCCCAACCAGUUCCACUUCGUAGGCAGUGCCCAGAGCACACUGGUCCAGCCGCUGGUGUGGCUGACCAUCGUCUUGGCCACAGUGAUCUGCAUCGUUCCAGUUCUGGCUUUCCGAUUCCUCAAACUGGACCUGAAACCACAGCUCUCUGAUACGGUGCGUUACACCCAGCUGGUGCGUCAGAAGACGAGGAAGCCAGCGGGUCGAUGCAUGGGAGGAGUCAGGGGCGGGGGUGUGCCUGAGGGUCGUCUGGGGGCAAGGGGCGGGUUCAGGAGGUCAGGAUAUGCCUUUGCCCACCAGGAGGGCUUUGGGGAGCUCAUCACCUCUGGGAAGAACAUGAGACUGUCCUCCCUGGCCCUGGCCAACUUUGCCUCCAGACACAGCUCCAGCUGGAUAGACACCCUGCGCAAAAAGAAACACUCAAAUACACAUCCCCUGCAGAACGCCUCAGGAGAGAGCAGCCCGGCACCUAGCUAUGUGUCGGGAUCGGCUCCCCCU